UUAGCCGGCUUCGGCCAUCAUCUAACUUUCUCGCCAGCCGAAGUAGCCAAGCAGAUAUUUUCUUUUUCGGACCAUCCAAAGAUACGCCGUUGAAGGUAUCUUCGAGCUCCAAGCUUUUCGUUACUUUUCCAUGGCGGUCUCGGUUUCGUCGUCCGCGAUUCCUUCUUUGAAUUCGGAACUUGCCAUUUGUUUAACCACUUCUUCUCACUCGGCAAAAUUAUCUUCCCCUGCGUCGCUGCAGUUUCCUGUGCGGACCCAGCUUCUUCGAAUUGGCGGCCUUGGGUUGUUCACUCCCUCGCGGCCUCGAAUCCUUCCUUUGGUUAAAGCAAAGAAGCAAACUUUUUCUUCUUUUGAUGAUUUGCUUGCUAAUUCAGAAAAACCUAUCUUGGUUGACUUUUAUGCAACCUGGUGUGGUCCUUGUCAAUUUAUGGUUCCCAUACUGAAUGAAGUAAGCACUCGGCUUAUAGAUAAGAUACAGAUAGUGAAGAUUGAUACUGAAAAAUAUCCUAGCAUCGCUGAUAAAUACAGAAUUGAGGCAUUGCCUACUUUCAUCAUCUUCAAGGAUGGGAAACCCAUUGAUCGCUUUGAGGGAGCGUUAACUGCAGAUCAGCUCAUGGAACGCAUAGAAGCCGGUCUCAAAGUUAAGCAAUAACACUAGGUAACCGGCAUUUAUACCCAAUAUUUAGACACCAGUUUUACAGAAAUCGGAAUCACUCACCUCCACGGUCCUUACUAUUACUCAUUUAACCUUUUUCUUUUUCUUUUUCUUUUUGGGAUAGAGGGCUCUAAUGCAGUAUUGUUUUUAAAAAAAUUGGGACUUGAUUGUUGUAACGUAUAUUAUUACAAGUACUGAACUUGAGAACUAGUCUCAAUUUUUUGGCAUGUUACUAUACUUUUGCUUAAAUAAUGGCAUGGAAAAUUCUCGAGGAAAAUGAAA